CUACGCACAGUCACACUCACUCCGAUGCUUUUUGGGACACCGUAACAAUCGGAGACAGAUAAUCCUUUUGUUUAGGGUAUUGGUUCGUGUUUAUUUUUUUGAAAUGGCGGAGGAGUCGGUGAUGGAGAAGAUCAGCGGGAAGAUUCACAGCCAUGAUUCAUCAUCGUCUUCGGAUUCGGAUUCGGAUAAUGAGAAACCGGCUUCCCCUUCCUCCGUUAAGGCUAAGAUUUAUCGGUUGUUUGGAAGAGAGAGACCCGUUCACCAUGUUCUUGGUGGUGGAAAACCUGCUGAUGUGUUCUUGUGGAGGAACAAGAAGAUUUCAGCUGGCGUGCUUGGUGGAGCAACCGCAAUCUGGGUCCUUUUUGAAUUGAUUGAAUACCACCUACUUACUCUAGUCUGUCACAUAUCCAUUCUCUCUCUUGCACUUAUGUUCCUGUGGUCCAAUGCCCAUACCUUUAUCCACAAAUCUCCACCUCGCAUCCCAGAAGAUUUGCCAGAGGAGCCAUUCCUCCAAGUUGCUGCUGCCCUGACUUUUGAACUUAACCAGGCAUUGAAGCUGCUGCGAGAUAUUGCAUCUGGAAGAAAUUUGAAGAAGUUUCUUACGGUUAUAGCUGCUUUCUGGGUCCUGUCAAUUGUGGGGAGUUGGUGCAACUUCUUGACCUUGUUCUACAUAUCUUUUGUGUUGCUGUAUACGGUGCCUGUUUUGUAUGAGAAGUAUGAGGACAAGGUUGACCCAUUUGCAGAGAAGGCAAUGAUUGAGAUCAAAAAGCAAUAUGCAGUUUUUGAUGCCAAGGUUCUAAGUAAAAUUCCCAAAGGUCCCCUGAAGACCAAGAAGGUUUAGAAGGCUCAGAUGUUUAGUCUGCAGCAACAUUUGGGUAGUUCUGGUGUUUCCAGAGUGUGGUUUUGUUCUCUGUUAACAUUAGCUAGAGGUAUUUCUUCCUCAAAUCAACUGUUCACAAAUGUUUUGGUUUGCAAUUCAAAAUAUCAUCAGUAAAGGCAAUCAUUGUUAGCAAUAGGCGAAGCUUGCAGAUACCAUAAGGUGAUGAUUUUAUUAUAUAACUUUGUUUCAUUUGGAUAGCAAUCAGCCUUUUAUAUAUAUGGUUGCCGCCUGAUUUUGUGCUGUUAUAGCAUGUGUUAUUUCCUGA